GGGAAAUGCUUACGCCGAAUUGGUAGAAUCGAUCGAAGAGAGACGGCGGCUGCUCCUUGCAUAAUCACGACUCGAUGGCCGGCCGCCCAGCUCAUGCGGAGGUAGAUGAGGCGAUGGAACGAACAUCGUAGGCUGAUUUUGCUGGGCUGCGUCUCCUACACUGGACUCGAUCAGGUCGGCGGAAUAAGGAGCUUUCUGUUCGCGGGCAAAUCCCACUGGCUCCUCAUAUUGGCUGCACGACUUUGGAUCCACGUCAAGACUGUCAUGAUCCAGCGCCUCCCCGCAAGUCCCGCGCUGGGCCAUUCCAGACAAUCUCGCCGUCUCCGCCUGCCGACACUCUGAGUCUGCUAUGCAGAGCCAUUGGUGGGUCAUCCCUCAUUCACCUGCCAAGAUUUGUCUCUUGUUCACCGUAGAGACCCACUGCCGACCUCUAAGCCAGGCAAGCAAUGUCGCAGACCUUCUUUCGCACAUCGACAAAGUCUUGCCAACAAAGUCGAGCGUGGAGGCCGUCUCCAUCAGCUGAACGCCGCGCACCCGCACACAUCUGCACUGCACCGUUUCCCACUGUCGCCUCGUCGGCCGCUCUCCUGAGCUGCUGCCGUACUCGAGUGUUCAUCGACAACGCAAGGCUGCGGGUCGCGCCUCUCGACAAGUACAACCGGCGCGUGUAUCUGCGCCAUCUCAGUACCUGUAGGGUUGACUUCGAGCUCGGCUUGCCGGUAUCUCUCAGGCUCGAGCCACAUCCCAAGUCGCCGCACAUUGGCCUACACAGUCCCUUCUCAAGCAGUCGACCGUUCACAUUGCUAAAACUCGACAUGCACACGGAAGAGUAGAAUCCCUGCCUACAAACCUCGAGCAGUCUCCGCAUCAGGACUGUCAUCAUGGCAGCAACCAGUGGUGCUGAAUGGGUGGAAGGUGAUGAGGAUCUGUUCGCCGGCAGUGAUCUCACGCUUCCCUCAAUGGCUACAUAUAUGGCUAGGAUCGCCCAAAAUUGGAAUUACAAGCAGUCUUCUGAGGACAGGAACAAGCAGUUCAAGACCGACUUACAUGCUGUAGCCAAUGGCACGUGCAUCGAACCUCUCGAACCAAGCGAGUCUUUGGCGAGCUCACCGGGGCAGCGCGGUCAAACCCCGAGUCAGGAGACAGGUGGUGCUCGCUUCUUGGAAUUGGAGCCUGAAGUCGACAACGCUGCCCCAACUGCUGAGGGCCUGGAAGAACAACAGCAAGACGCUGCUGCCGUAAACAACUCCAUCAGUCACCAGGAUCUGGGCAUUCAGUUUUCCGAGGAGUCGAAUGACGGCACUAAGGAUCAAGAUCUGGAAGGCGACGAGCAGGAUGCCUCCCUGAGCGAUGUUGUCGCGGAUCCUUCGACGUACGACGACUCAGAUUACAUCAUCCCAUAUGAAAGCGACUCGGUUACGGGAGGUGGAGAUAGCGAGCCUACGCGUGCACACAACACGCCCGAUUCGCCGGCUGUGAGUAUCGACGACUCUGGAUAUGGUCCCAGCCUCAGCAGCAUCGCAAGUCACAUUGCAGACAUCGAUGACGACGGCACUUAUGACUCAGAUCUCGACGAGGAGCUGCAGCAGGUUGGAGAAGCCGAGACCGACGCCUUCACAAGUGAAGAUGUGCAGACUGCCUCAACGGGAACGGAGCAAGCCCAACAGCCAAAGAAGUGCAUCAAGACAAUCGACGACCUCGUCUCCUGUGCGAAAUUGACUCACGAAGUGUACAGUCGAUUCGCCAAUGCCACGAGUCGUGCAAACAGAGCAGACCUUACAUUGUAUGCGACGGACUACGAGGAACAUGACAUGCAUCUACUUGCCCAAUGGACUACGGCUGCCGUUAAUGAAAAUUCGCGCCGACGCGAUUCAGCCCGGUCAGUAGAUCCCGUGGUCAAUCAGAUUAAUGCUGCAAAAAACGGAGGCUUCGCCAGGAUGGGAUUCCCUUAUCCUGCGAAUGUGGCCGAUUGCGAGGGAAAAAUGGCUGCUGUCAAAAUGGCUGCUGUCAACGUGUCAUCGCCCAACAACUUCAGCGCGAAGCAUGACAAUUACACUUACAAGGUAAGGCCCGUCUACAUUGCCAACACAGGCACCAACAGCCCGCAAGCCUAUCAAAUGUUCACAUUCCGAGGCCGGGGUCUGCAAGCUGUGCAUCCAGAUUACCAUCACCUAUUUGUCGAAGUUGUACACAGCAGCGACAUCAGGGCACAGGACCCAAAUGUGAUCGUGGUGGAUGGAGGCAACCUGCUACACGCCGAAUUUUCGGUCUUCCUGAAAAUCGAGCCUGUCUCUUUCCACUGGAAUCAGGCUAUGCAUGAGCACAACAGAUCACGCGUGAAGAAUUCAGAUGGGACCUACACAUUUGGACCAGUAUCUCCCAUGCGCAUGACUGAUGGUGGUUUACGCGUGUUCUUCACACAGAAGAUGUUGAACACAGGGAACGAUGACACGUAUUUGGCCUCCAAGACUGGACUAUUCCAAACUGAGGUCGCCAACCUACACGCUGCUGCCCUACGCGUCCAAGGGACUCGUGGUCCGCGACUGAAUCCAGUAUCGCACAACGGAAAUGCGCGCAUCAUGGCGCCUGGCGCCAAUUCUCUCGGCACAGCUACUCAUGGCAACAACGGCGGCGGAAACAUGGGUGGUCCUGGCGGUAAUGCUCAUUAUCAACCCCAGCCGACAGUCCCGCAUACCGCACAGAAGCGAGGCGCAUACACAGCUCUGAUAAGCGUGGUGGGACAUAAGCUCGACAUUCAUUCAGGUCCGGUGGGUGGAGCCGGCUUUCAAGUCGCCACCUCUUCAGGAUAUGACCGAUUCCAAGAGGGUCCUCAAAAGCGUCAGCGAUUGGUAAAAGGAGACUGGCAGGAGAGCGGAGGCAUGCAGCGACACGAAGGCACGCAGAGAAACGGAGGCGGCCAGAGAAGUGGAGGUGGGCAGAGAAACAGAGGCGGUCAGAGAAUUGGAGGUGGGCAGAGAAACAGAGGCGGCCAGAGAAGCGGAAGUGGCCAGACGAACAGAGGUGGCCAGACGAACAGAGGCGGGCCAAGAAAUGCAGGCCGGUUGAGAAAUGCAGGCGGGCAGGGCACGCGUGUGAAGAAUUGAAGGCUUGAUCAAAGCAGAUCGUGUUGGAAGCGCAUGAUGUAUCGAUCUGACCGAUGUGCGAUUUGGGCGAAGGAAGCAGUCAUCGAGUGUUCGGUGAGAGAUAAAGAAGGUGGUCUCGGCUGGCUGCCUUGGAGCUGUAUGAUUUGGUCCGGGGCCUGGUUUGGGCUUUCAUUGUCGACGGGUUCUGUAAUGGAGGCUAUGUCAAACUAGUCGCUUGUCGGAGCGCGGCGUUCCAUGGAAGCUUUUGUUUGUAUACUCUCUUGAUUGUAGCUCUGAAAGACUCCGAAAAC